UUUAUUUAGCAUGUCUCAAAUUGAUGCUUACGAAUCAACUCGCCUUUCAUUGCUUGAUGUUGCGAUGGACAGGUUGCGGAUUGGAAACAAGAAAGGGAUGAUUCACAGGAUCUUUAUAUCUUCAAAGUUGGCCAGUGGACUUGAAAAGAAAGAUAAAAAAUCACUAGGAUCAUCAAUUGACAAAUUUCUGAAGCAUUGUCAAAGUCAGCUUUCUCAAGAGCCUCCAUCUGGAAUUCUGUUGAUGUACAAUCAACAUGCUCUAUUCUGUCUUGAAUCCUCUCAGGAAAUCAUAAUGCUUUUUAUGCAAGAAAUCAAUACAAACUUGUCUGAAAUUGUUUUGGAGAGUAUGGUGCUUUCAUUCACAGAAAAUGUACAAACUCGUUUGUUCCAGCAUGGGUGGGCUGAUGCAGCACUACCCAUCAGGCCACUUGAACAGAAACACGAAACUAGUGACUCUAUAUCACAGGUGAUCAUCAACACGAUAAAGCAAACAGUUUCCUUAUCAGAAUAUGUGAAUCACAAUGUUCCUAAAGUCAACUAUAGAGCUCGAUGUGAAACAAUGAUUUCAUCUCAGACCCAACUCAUCGUUUCAGAAGAAAUUAUUGAACAUAUAUCAAGCGACAAGUCCCUAUUUUCUACAAUAGAUUAUGUAGAGAAGUACACCAAACCCUUGGACGUCGUUCUCGACCAAGAACUCAUUUGGCCUUUGGAGAUCAGACUUUUCCCGUACAUGUGAACUUCAAAUAUUACCUUGCAUAUUAUUAUUUUGUGCUGAUUGUACCAUUUUUUAGGUGUAAUAUAAAUAAUGUACAUAUUUGAUGUCAAAGAAGUGAGAAUUGAUAUAAAAGUCAUCUGUAGAUUAACCACACACUGCAAACACCUUGAAGUGUUCAUUAAAAAUUUUAAAAACCAUCAGAAUGAAAAGUUAAAACUCUGUGAAAUGAAAGUGCCAUAAUAUAAUUAAAGAUUAAUUUAAACUGUCAGAUUACAUUAUUAUUAUGUUGCGUUUCGAUAAGACCAGGAAGAGUUGAUUAAAAAACAAACGAUUUUAUGUCCAGUAUUUUAAUCUCUGGUAUUUCUUUCGAGAUCUGAAAGUUAUACAUCACAAUUGUGUGCAUGAUAUCAGAUUUUUUGUUAUCAAAGAAGUUGUUUAAAAGUUUUUAUAUGAACAGUUUUGUGCUUCAUUAUUACAAGUCAGUCCCUUGAAAGACUUCGUGUCCA